CUGUGGAUUCUUGCUGCAGGAGCACAUAGGGGAGGAACUGUAUGGGUGUGGUUACGACUAUACAACCCUCAAUAACUUGAAACAUUCCCCAGCAGUGUGAUCAAACAGCGGCAGAAUGAACAGCGCAGUUGCAUAUCCCCCUGUCAACGCUCCUGCGGCCAACAUGUUCAGCGCGCCUGGCUAUGAAGGCACAGUGGCAGGAGGAGCUGCGUAUCCCCCUCUCACCGCUCCUGCGGCUAACAUGUUCGGCAACAUGCCUGGCUAUGAAGGCAUUGUGGCAGGAGGAGGAGGAUACCUACCCCCUCCCAUGCCAGUGGAGCCUGUGGCCCCACCCCAACCCGGCCCUGCACCUGAGGACUGGAGCAUUCCCUCUCUGUUGGAGGAUGUGGCUCGUGAGGCGUUCAGGAGCUUUGUGUCAUCUCACUGCUGCUACAGUAGUGGUCCUGUCGAAGAUGGAGUCAUCACCAGCAUGGAGCCGUUCAACACCUACAGGUAUCGGUUGGAGACGUUCACUGAGUCCAGGUCAACUGAAUGUGCCGAGAAACCUCAUGAAGGUGAGCCGGCUGACUUCUACACCCAGCCCGCCCCCCGGCCCUGGGAGGUCCAAGCCACGGCUCCCAGCCUCUUCACCAAUCACACGGAGGAGAUCCGCGUGCCCUUCACCUCCUCCAUCAAGGAAUGCAACAGCUGCCAUGCCUCUGGGACAAUGCAGUGUGAAAAGUGUCAUGGAAAUGGAAAUCAACCGUGCUGGGUCUGUAACGGCUCAGGGAUGAGGAGUGAUGAGCGCUGCACUACCUGUAAUGCUACUGGCAAAACAAGAUGUACAGAGUGCGAUGGACAGGGAAAGAAGAAAUGUCAAACCUGUAAAGGAAAACGACAACUGCUGAGCUACAUCAAACUCAAAGUGGAGUGGACUAACCAUGUGGAGGACCAGCUGGUGGAGCAGAAAUCUGGUCUGAAGGCCAAUGAUCUUCACUCAGUUAGCGGGAAGGAGCUGUUUAAGAACAGCCAGUAUCUGGUCUAUCCGCUGCUCGGGUUCCCAAACCCGGGCAUCUCUGCGGCCUCUGAGCGUCUGGUCAAAGAGCACCAAGGCAAAUAUGCCCAGUCCUCCAGGAUCCUGCAGCAGAGGCAGACAGUCGAGUUGAUCCCCAUCACUAAGGUGAACUAUAAGUGGAAAGGCAACUCUCACGUCUACUUCGUUUACGGCAACGAGCGCCGAGUCAAUGCCGACGAUUACCCAGCAACCUGCUGCUGUGUCAUCAUGUAAACACACACAAUUCCGACUGAACAACUUUUAACCGAUAACUGUAUACAUACCAGUAUGUGCCAUUUAACGUCCUCAGUAGUGCAUGGAAACCUCAUGUCAAAAAUAUUGCUGUUCAGAUGUCCUCCUGAAAUCUGGCAUCACGUUUAGUUUAAUGAAAUCUGUGAAAGACAGGAAAAUAUCAAAUUGUCCCAUCUAAUUGACAAGUUAAGUUAGUCAAACAUAAUGAUAAAAUUGAGAUAUAAGAUCUAUUUGACAAGAAAAACACUUUCCCCACAGAUGAAUCCACUGAUCGCAGUGAUUCUAUUUAAAUUAACUGACUUUGUAAUUCUAGUAUGACAGGGGCCUUUAGUCUUUUCUUUUUGUUUAACAGUUUAAUAAAUACCUCAUGUUUUUAUUACUGUGAUGGCCUUAAUUUUCCGGAUAUAAACAUAUCUCACAGUUGUCUAAUCAAGCAAGUUAAAGGUAAAUAAUCUACCUGUUUGUGACAUUCAGCUGUAGAAUGACAACAAACCUCACAAAAGCAUUAAAACAGUAUCAUACCUCAAUUUUUUUUCAUCAUGUCCUUAUAACAUUAUAUACAGUAAAUGUAAUUUUUAUUUUUUAUUUUUUUUCUGUCUCCUAUUUCUUGACAUGUAAGUCCACUAAAGCCCUUUUCACUUCUUCUCUGUUGCUGUGACUCUCAGCCAAUCAGCUAUAAGUAAGGAAUAAUUGCUGUUGUGGUCUGGAGAGUAAAAGAACUGACUUCUGCAGUAGCUAGGAACUGAUGUCCGGUGAAAACAUUUAAUUUCAAAUGUAAUUCAAAAAGCUUUUAGCCUUAUCAAAAGUCUAACAGCGUUAGCAUUAGAACUUUAAAAGUAGGUUACAGCCUUAUUAAUCUGGUCAAAGUCACACAGAGAAAUGUGGAGUCAUAGAUCUGAUUUGACUUAGUUUUUGGGGUUUUUUUUCUGUUUUGUUGAUCAUCUGUGAGUCAGACUCCUGAAGCUGCUGGUUUUUCAGACAGAACAACAGCUAACAGGACAGAGCUAACAAAGACACCUGAAACAACAACAAUGCAGCAUAAAACCAGGCUAGGGCUGUUUCCAGACCAAGUCUGAGACCAAGUAUUUAAAUAUUUGUUGCAUCAUAACAUUGUGUGAUGGAAAAAAACUUCUGUCGGCCAUUUUCACAUAAAGGUUUUGCUAAAAAGAUGGAUUUUUAUUAGUUUAAUUUUACAUUAAUGGAAACAUACCUGGUGUUGUGUUUAUGGGUGUUUGGCUGUGCUGCUGGCAUCAGCAGUUCACGUCCCUUUAAACUGCCGUCCUGUGGUACAGCAGAGCUCCUGUAGAGGUUGGACUGUGUGUUAAAUGUUAAACAGACUCUGCUGCCACCUGCUUUCAGUACAAACCGUUUAAUCCAUGUUACUUAUUGUUUAUCUUCAGGGGUUGAUUAUUCCAUUUGUUCUAUUUUUUUUUUCUAUUCUCUGUGUAACACUUAUUAGCAGUGGACUGUUUAUUAGUAUACCAUGUAUUCUCUCAAACUAAAGUGGUGCUGCAAUGUAAAUGCCUUUAAACAAUACAGUGACUAACAAACACCUCUGCUACUAACCUGAUGGAUGUGAUGAUAUUACUACUCUGUUAGUACUUAGUGAUAUUCUGUUACAGUAGGUUAGAUUGCAUGUUAAUCGUAUGUUACUGUGAAAAUAAACUCUGAAACUCA